CUUGACUAGUAUUCGUUGUGAAGUGAUAUAGACAUGCGGUGUUUAUUGUUGCUUUUGUUUUUGGUAUAUGCUCAAAGCAAUGGAAAAUUGUAUGCAGGUAAUCGCUUGUGUCGAAAAUGGAACUGUAUUCAUGAGAAACUCAAUCUGACUGUUUUACCAUCAAAAGAGCAGUACGGUGUUUUAUUAAGAAGCAAUCUACCUGAUGACUGGCAUGAUGUAAUAGAUAUUGCGUUGGAUGCUUGUUAUGAGAGUAGACCUAGGUCCUGUAGUAAUGCUUGCUCCGGACAGGCGUUAAUGCACUGCAUUGUUGAUCAUUUAAAUAAGAAUUGUCCUGCUAAAUACUGGAGAAAAGAAGAUGCCUGCGCUACACUUCAAUCGCUUGCCGUACCUGAUGCUACUUACCUGUUCUCACAAAGCCGGUAUAACGAUUUCGAGAAGAAUUUGCUUGUUGAAAGGAGACCAGAGAUAUUUAUGAGAAAUUACUUCAACAAGAAAUGCUGCGAAUUUCCAACGAUGUUUAAUAGUACGUUAAAGGAAUGCGGUUUUAAGAAUCUAUUCUACUAUCAUGUUUUUCUGAAACAGAAAAAACAUGAUUAUUUAUCUCACACAACAGCAAAGGCAACGCUGGCAAUAACUUAUGAUGAAAAUAAGCCAACUAUAGAUAAUUUUAUUUUAAAUGAAUAUGAGGAACCAGUCGAUCCUUUAGAAUGCUGUGAUAUGAAUGGUUUCAUACGAGCCAGUUGGCGAUCCGAAUGCGAUUUUAAAUUGAAAUGGGAUGACGAAAACAGACUAACUAUUGUAAAUAAUAGUGAAUCUAUGACUAUCAAUACUGAAUCACAAAGGACUCUUAAAAGUAGCGAUGUUAAAAUCGUACCUAUAUCCUGCGAGCAACAAAACUGCGUGUUCAGUAAGCUAAAUGUUAUAUCCGGGGGAGUUGUGGAUAAGGACGCAUUUUCAAAGUUAUUGGAUAAUAUGACAAACAUACAUCCGGAAUGGAGCAAGUCUAAAGCGAGGGUUGUUACUCAGUGUUUGAACAAACCUUUAAUUGGAUAUGAUGCUGAUUGUGAAAUCAACAAUAUAUUAGCGUGUACAUUUGAUACACUCACCGAGAAUUGUCCCGUUGAAAAUAGUGAUGAUUCUUGCAAACAUUCCACUUCAGUGAAAGAAGGAGUGAUUUGCCAAAUAAGCUCAUCAAAAUAUAGACCAAGAAAUCGUCGUCAAUUCUGCGACGUACCCAAUUUCAUACCUUCAAAAGUUACUUCUGAAUGUGGAGUCAAUAUGAUCUACAAACUCGAUUACGUCCCUGAACCAGCUGUUAAAAUUAAUUCUUGGAGCGAGGUUACUAAUUGUAAGGCUUUAACAGAAUCAUCAACGUGUCUUCUGAAGAAGAUGGAUGUUCUCAACAAUUACGGAUUCAUUGAUCGCUUCAAGAUGAGGAACAGCAUCAGGUUGUACUCGGAAGAUUUACCUCCACUGUUUGAGGAUAUGUACAAAAAUGUUUUUGACUAUUCACCGUUAUACAGGAACCACUGUAGCACUUCUAAAAAGCUUCUUAACUUAAUCGAUUCGAUGUUUAUGAGUUGUCCAUAUUUAAAAUUUAAAAAAGAUGAUUCAUGUACAAAUCUUAUGAAGAAGAUAAGGCGAUUGUCGGAUUUGGAUACAUUUAGACAAAGACUUUCUACUUCGAAAGACAACACGAAAAAAUAUCGAAGAACUGUCCCAUUAAAUAAAUCUUCACUUAAGAACAAUGCUAUAUAUAAUUUUGGUAUUCUGGCUAAUGGAAAUGUUCCGCCCAUAAAAGUGAUAGACGUGAAACCAACGGAGAAAAUUUUAGUAAUUCAACCAGUGUACGCUCGAGUGCCUAAAGAGCCAGUAUUUAUAAAUUCUCUACAUAAUGACGGAAUAUUUAGGUCAUGAUCUAUGAAAAUAUCUUUGCUUUUCUAACAUAUAAAUUUUAUAAUAUGAGAUAAAGAUAAUUGAUUUAUUUAUAAUGACUAGCGAUUAUAUUAUUUGAUACAAACGGUGUUUUUUAGAUGAUAAACUGCAAAACUUAUAGCUAUGCUUAUCUAAUGUAUAAUCUGUUUAAUGAGAGAGAAAGAGAUAGGGAUAAGUGAAUAGUGGUAAAGUUUAAGGGUGGUUUAUAUAUUUUUAGAAUAAAAUAAGUAAAAAUAUCAAAUGGUUUGAGUAGUAUUCAAACAAGUUCCUAAUUUAGCGUUGUUCGUUAUAUUUUCGUACCUACCAUAGGUAUUCGUAUUUAAUUUAUAAGUUUUAAUAAAUAUUAUAGUAUUCUAAUAAAUAAAACAAACUUUCGAAGCAAUAUGUGUAUUUAUAGUUAUUAUAUACUGUCACAGAAACUAUUGUACUUAUAUUUAUUCUUAAAAUAAUACAUUUUAUUACAAGAAUCUGUAGCAAUGUGGUUCGGCAAAUAUUUUUUCAGUCUUAUAAAUUUCGAAUAGAUUUGUUUAUUGUAAAUGUCAAUAGUUUUAUAAAGUUUUUAUAAUCGAUUGCAAAAAUGGUCGUGAAAAUCGAUCGAUACGAUUAAAAUUCGGUAAUUUGUAAUUUCAUCCGUAAAAUAAAUAAUUAAAACACGCUAUAUAAUAGUUACAUUCAAAACCACACAAGAUAUUAAUUUGGAUAUAAUUUUGUUUUUUUCAAUACAUUCAUUUGUUUAUAAUUUUUUAUCUAAAAUAUAAGUAAUAAAUUAAAAUAAAGCAAGAAAAUGGGCACGCGAGUUUUACUCAAGACUAUUUU